AUGGAGAGCAUAGCAUCGCAAAAUUGGCACAAUGCUUUCGCCGCAGCUUUCAGGAAGCGAGUGGCUUCCGAGCUCUUGAAGCAUCCUCUGGCCGAGCUCAAGCGAUCGUAUAGCAUACCCGGCGACGCCAUAGCGGGACUCUUGCUCAGUUUUCGAGCUCGCGGAGGUGCUGCCGACGAUCCUCUCCUGUUCCGUUAUACUAGAUUAUUUCUCGAUGAGAGAUACAUCAGUACUAGCGAUAUCUUGUCUGCGCUACUGGCACGUACCACCAUUCUCGAGUCUCGACUUGGAAGCGAACAUAAUGCUGUGGCGUCUGGCCUUCCCAGCUGCGAGGAGCGUAUGUUCAAUCUUCUGGCGGAAAUUCACAUGGCCCAGAACAUGACAGUCACGAGAGUGCAGCUGUACAAGACCGUACAGGCUAUUGUGAAAUGGCUGCUUGUUAUUAGCGAACACCAAUACAAUCGCCAGGUCGAAAGUGCUGGCCUUGAUCCUCUGGAUGUGCACUUGUUCAGCAUGUACGAGACAUUAGCUUCUCUCACCAUAGCCAUAUUCGGUCAAGCUAGCUUCAGACAAGUGACCGCGCAACCAUGGUGGGAGAAAAGGCGACCCAUUGUGGUACGAGGAAUGCAGAACUUUGAUGCUCAAGUCCUACAGCCAAUGCAUUCGCAAUUCAGUGGUCGUUUGGCCGCAAUGACAGCGAUUCCACCUUUCGUUGAUACAGACGCGAGUGGGCGUCCGGUGGUCAGCCCCGAAUUCAUCCUACAAUACAUCUCGCAGGACAUCACAAUUACUCCCUCGCCUUCCAGAGCAGGUCUCUACAUCUGGCUUCACGCCUGCCUGUACGCCAGACCCAUGACAGAUGAUCUCGCAGUGCUCAGCUACCUGCAGAAUCGAUACACCGGCGAUAACCAGUCACUGACAUUGCAGCUCAUACAUGCCGCUUUCGAUGUGCUCACGAGCCACUUAGUGCGCGGCGGCCAACCUCACGAGGUACUCCUUAUUAGGUCGUUCAUCUGUAACAAGCUGCCUGUGCUGCUCUCAAUGCUAGCUACCUUCACCGGUCACGGAACAAUCGAGGUAUGCAUUCAGAACGCUUUUCUGGCUGUGGCGAUGGAUCCGAUACCACCCAUCAGUGCCGGUUCUUCUGACGCGACCGACACGCUUCGCCGUGCGAGACUGGAUUUUCUACACGCUUGCGUAAUGCACGGUGUGGCCACCGAAUCAAUUGUCAAUGCCGUCGUCCAAGGAAUCUCGACUACAAUACCCAAAGUUGUUAAGUACAGCAAGGAUGGCCUGACGAGUCAGUGCACGAAUAACAUAGGUCGACUCGAGUCACUUGUACGUGAACUCCCAAUUGGCAACCUAUGCGCCAAUAAGGAUACGAUGUCAUUGAAGACUGUAUGCAACGCAUUGGUGAAACGAGUCCCAGAUAUAGACAUAGUGCUGCAACACACGCAGCCUGCUAUGUUGCUCCUGCCUCUGUGUACUGUACUCAAUGAUUGGGUACAUGACCAAGACCAGAGCGAGUUCACUCCAGCGUAUGAGGAAUAUGCUGCUGUCUUCCUGUUUACUCUUGCUGUGCUGCAUCGGUAUGGCCUGCAGACCAGAGACAUCGGAUUUGUUGCAAAUGAAGAACUAUCCCACCUUCUGAAUGGGCAGAUAUCUGGCACGACCUCAUCUGAACUUGAUACUGAUCGGAGCCAGCAACUUGGCAGAUGGCUGGACGGUCUCUUUGCGACUGAUGAUCAAGGUGAGACUGGUGGCAUAGGGGACGAAGUGAUGCGGCGAUGUCCGCCACAAGCAUUCUACAACCUGGUACCUACGCUUCUGGAGCAGAGCGUCCUUGCAUGUCGCCUUGGUCAACUCCCAGUCACCACUUUCAAGAGUGGAUUGGAGCUCCUGUUAGAGCCGUUCCUGCUACCUUCCUUGGUGGUCGGCCUGCUAUGGGUUGCUGAGCAUUCCUGGGAGGAUCACGACGACGUGGACAUCCUGCUACAGAUCCUGGACAAAUUGCUAAGGCUCUCAAGCACUGCGGUCGAGACACAGACAAUGCAUAAAGCUGUGCUCGAUAUUGUCGCUGAGCCACUGGCAUGCUCAUUAGAGGACCUUGUACGCAGACGGCCAGACAAAGCCGCCGCGAGUGGCAUGCUGACUUUACUCCGGCAGCGUGCGGAUACUACAAGGUGUGGAGAAAGCAGCAAGUCCACUUACGAUCAGUGGGCUAAAGAACAGAGCAUGGACAUGCACCUUCGGGCCAUUGUCCGUGACAUGACAACGUGGGCGGCGAAGACUACACCAGCUCCACCACCGCACUACGAUCCACGUAUACUGCACGCGGUGAUAAGCACACAUGGCGAGAGUCACGCUCUUGAAUCGAUUGCGACUGAGAUCCAGCAAAUUCCGUAUGCCAACCGGCCGGCAUCUUUGGACGUUGCCACCAGCUUGCUGAGCUCUCCCGACACUGCUUCCAUUACGUUGCGACACCAGCUGCACAUGCUGGUGAACAACACACAAGCACUCUUGGACAUGCCCGCUGUCCGCGCCACCACGCUUGUACAACUCAGUCGUAGCGUCGAAGCACAACUGGCAGUCCAGCAGCUCGAAGUGCCUGUCAAUCUGCCCGUACAGCAAUCCACAGAUCAGAUUAUGCAGGAGCUUGGUAUGGCGGACCCAUCCGCGGCUCCACUAGACGUUCAUGCCGAUGAAGGCCACAACGAGCCAAUAAACCUGAGCGACGCUGAUCUUACUGCAGCGCUGGGCCCAGGUGUUGGACUAGAUGUCAAUCUCCUACAGCCUCUACCGAAUCUUGGAAUCAAUGCUAUGCAGGUUGACGAGUCUCAAGACUUCUUCGCUGACCUGGACAUGAGCCUGGCUCAGCAGCAAGCAUCGUCGCAACUGCCAGUUCAGGAUACUACCAUGUCGACACUGGGGACGUCCAACCAGGAGGAUGAUAUUUUCGCUGACCUGGACAUGGGUGGCGGACUGGGCGAUCUCGACUUCAACUUCUCCUGA